GCAAUCUUAACGUUACGUUACAUAACGUCAGACGGACACUGGUAACUACUUCUAGAAUACUUCCGCUUACAGCAAGUACUGCAGCAACACAAACGAUGUGACUGGAGAUGGCUUCCUCUGAUAAGCAAUUCCUCCUGACAGGGGCUCAGACCGAUGCUUUGUCUAAGGUGUUUAAGUUUGCUGAUGUUGAGGAGACUGGGUAUGUUGAUGUGGCAACAAUCUCAACUCUUGCAGUACAACUGCUGGGAGCUCAGCUCAGUGAAAAUGAGAAAGAAACAAUAAACAAUAAAGCAGAAAGCAAGGCUGAAAAAGGGUUGCUUUCUUAUCAGAACUUUAUAGAGAUCAUGAUGGAGACAAUGCAAGCUAUGACACAUUGGGGAAAGUUGAAGACAGUUCUAGAAGGUUAUGUUGGAUUUGAUACAGUGCAGGAGCAAAUCCGCAAAAAAUCUCUCAAAAGAGGAUUUGAAUUUAACCUCAUGGUUGUUGGUGCAACAGGCCUAGGUAAAUCAACCAUGGUGAACACUUUAUUUAAAGGAAGAUUGAGUAGGAUAUCUUCCACUGGAGCCACUCCCUGUAUUCCCAAGACUGUUGAAGUCAAAUCAGUUAGUCAUGUUAUUGAGGAAAAAGGAGUCAGAUUGAAACUUACCAUCACAGACACACCUGGGUUUGGUGAUCAGAUCAAUAAUGAAAGUUGCUGGGACCCAAUUCUGCAGUACAUAAAUGAACAGUACAACAAAUAUUUGAAAGAAGAAACUAGCAUCAACAGAAAGCCUCGAGUCCCUGACAGCAGAGUUCACUGCUGUCUGUACUUUAUUGCACCAACAGGUCACAGGUUGAGGCCUAUUGAUGUGGAAUUCAUGAAACGACUAGACAAGUGCGUUAAUAUUGUGCCAGUGAUUGCAAAGGCAGACACUCUAACUGUUGAAGAACGUGAAGCCUUCAGAAGGAGGUUACGGGAGGAUAUAGAAAAAAACCGCAUUAACAUCUAUCCCGUUCUUAAUCGACAUGACCUGGAUGAAGAAGAAGCCCGGACAACGUCCAGAAUAAGGGAUCAGCUGCCUUUUGCUGUGAUUGGUAGCGAUCGUUACGUUACUGUGUCAGGAAAGCCAGUUCUUGGAAGGAAGACAAAAUGGGGUCUGAUCGAAGUUGAAAACAAAAACCAUUGUGAAUUUUCUCAGUUACGGGACAUGUUAAUCAAAACACACAUGCAAGAUUUAAAGGAGGUCACAGACAACAUUCAUUAUGAAAAUUAUCGCCGCACACAUCUGACAGAGGAGAAACAUGAGCAAAUAGUUUUAGAAAACAAUGUGGUGAACAUGGAUGACGUGAUGGGUCAGGAAAGCAAAAUUUAAAUAAAGCAUGAAGAAUAAGCAGAAUAAAUUUUUUACUAGAGAUUCUCGGUCUUAUCAGACUCAGUCAAGAAAGAUUCAAUACUAUGUAAGUUGUUUGCUACUCCAUAUAUGAACAAUUUAGUCUUUGUUACAAUUAUCAAUGUCGAAAAUUUACUUCUUUGAAAGUUUUCAUGGUGCACUAUGUAUUGAGAAACUCCAUCGUAAAGGUUUGUUCGAAAUGGUGCGGCUAACUUUUCACCAUCCCUAUUAUAUUAUGUGUAGGAAUUCAUUAAGAUUUGGAAUUCGUAUCCUUUGGCUGCCUGGAUUAAAAGAGUUAUUGAUAUCAACAAUUUCAAACAUUAUAAGCUUGUUAUGAAUAGCAAUUUGUUAAAAUAAAUUAAACUCAAAGUUGUUUCU